GUGCGCGAUGUGGGCUUGGGUGCAGGACAGCAGCUGUGGUGCCUUUUGUGCUAGCAGUACCCACAGUGACUCGAGGGCGGGCGUUGCAAGGCUGCUGUCUCUGUCACGCGUGUCCUGGCUCCUUACAGCUCAUCCCUGAAAUGGCACAAAGAGACCCUUGGUCCGAGCAGCUGCACCACUGCCCUCCCUCCAUCAUCCAGCUGGCUCGAAGGCCUGGCCGCAAGGGGACUGGAGUGCUGGCAAAGGUCACCGGCUGCAGGACUUGCCCCAGUGCCAGCUUCUCGGGGACAGAGCCCAGGCAGGGGAGGCUGGAGACAGAUCUUUAAUGUUGAGCGCUGGCCCCUCUCCUGCAGCACUGCGCGCUAUCGCUAGCCAAGAGGGGCACAGCGCCCAUCCCCAGGGCUGGUGCGUAUAGACUUCCUCUGGGCUUUCGAGGACUCCCAGGAGAACACCCCACCACUUCCCGCAAGCACCAGGAUCUCCCCUGAAGGCCUGGCCCCCCUCCGAGUGCUGGCCCGGACAGCCCCAUAGCAAAGGUGCGUGCCCACCGCACACGCAUGCUCUUUGUGACCCCACAGUUGUGACUUUGCCCGAUGUUUGGGAACUAAGAGAGCCUGCGGGCCCCCCGGAAGUGGCAGGAGCUAUUCAGCUGGCCUGAACGACGGGUGGGGCUGGGGGGCACCGGAAAGUGCUCAGCUGCCGUGAGUCGUGAGUCGUUUGCUUUCUUUCAGGGGCUGAGCUCCGCUCAAUAGCUUCGCCCCAGGGGCUGGCCACGGACCAGCCCUUCAGUUCCAAGGCUGAGCUCCGAGAUGGUGGCUGGCUCUGGCUUGCUCUGGAAAGGAGAUGCUGUGUGGGGUGUGAUUUCCCAGCUGCUUUCCCGUCGCCCUCCUGCCGGCCCCAGCCGUGAUUAUCAGCCCCUGCAGAACUCCGCUCCCGCUCCCCUCUGGUUUGCUGCCCUUCCUCGGCCUGGCCCCCGGGCCGGCUGGCUGCCUCGCGCUAGACUCUGACCCUGCUCCUCUCGGUUCAGGCCCAUGGGUUUCCCGCACACCCCGUCUGGCAGCCGCUGAUUCCUGGAGCUGGGCAGCUGCCGGUUUCCUUAGUGAUGAGCUCUGUUGCUUGCAGCAGGGGCCUCCUCCCCUGGCCUGCCUGCCUCCCCGGCUCUGGCCUGCUCCCGCCCGUCCCUGCCGGCUCUCGGCAGGCGCUGGGCGAGAUAGCGGCCCGCAGGCCUGGCGGAGCCGCUGAACUUGGCCGGCUCUCUCUGCCGCACGCUCAGCCCUGCUCCCUCCCGCCGGCCUCGGUCGCCAGCCCAGGCCAUGGCCUACGCCGGCUCGGCCGUCCUGGAGGGGGACGGGGCUGCCUUCGCCACAGCCAUCAGGAGCCUCGUCAACAACCCGCAGUUCAGUGACGUGACGUUCGUGGUGGGCAGGGAGAGGCAGGAGGUGUUCGCCCAUCGCUGCAUCCUCGCCUGCCGCUGCCAAGCCUUCCAGGGGAUCCUCAGCCAACCCCAGCCAGGUGCCCAGGAGCCGUGGCCCCCCCAGACCCCAUUGGUCCUCAGCCAUGUGCAGCCCGAGGUCUUCCUGGCCGUCAUCGAGUUCCUGUACACCAACAGUGUGACCCUCAACAGCCUCAUCGCCCUGGAGGUGCUCACCUCGGCUGUGGAGUAUGGGCUGGACGACCUGAGGAAGCUGUGCGUCGAGUUCCUCGUGGGUGCACUGAGCGUGGAGCUGGUCUGUGAGGCGCUGCAGGCGGCUGUGACCUAUGGACAGAUGGACCUGCAGGAGCACUGCCUGGUGUUCGUGGAGGACCACACGCGGGAGGUGGUGCAGACACGGAGCUUCCACGAGCUGUCGGGCGCGGCGCUGGUGGUCGUGCUGCACAGUGACCGGCUGGCCAUCGACGAGCCGGACCUGAUCCGGGCUGUGCGGGAAUGGGCCCACGUCAGCUCGGCCGUCCUGGAGCGGCCAGUGGCUGAGGUGGCAGCCGGUCCGGUGCGCGAGCUCCGCCUGCCCCUGCUCUCGCCCCGCGAGCUGGCAGCCCUGGAGAGCCACAACCAGAGGGACCCGCUCAUCCCGGUCGAGUGCAUCGCUGAGGCCUGGAAGUGCCACGUGCUGAGGAAGGGGAGAGGGGCGCCAUCCCGUCUAUGCCAGUGCCGCAGGGGCACCCAGCCCCGGGAGCACCACAGCUACCUCCAGUGAGGGGGCGGCAGUCAGUGGUGGGCACCGAGCGACACCCGGGGGCAGGGAGAGGCUGUUCCUGCGUUUCUGGGACGAGUGACGGGCAAAGCAAACUUCCCAGGAUGCCACUGGUCUUGUGCCCCCAACAUGCCAGAGCCGGGGGCAGGCCUGGCCCAUCCCAGCCAGUGCUGGGCCAGGCUCAGGGUGGCCAUUGUCCUGCGUGGGGGGGGGCAGGGCUGAGACAGGGGCUGUCCCAGCCGUGCUGCGCCCCACAGCCGCCGGGGCACUGUGCUAAGCUCAGCCUGCACCGCCCAUGUCUGCAAGGCAGCAACAGCGCCUGCCCACAACGCCUCACGUCUGAGCCUGAUCUCGUGUGGAGCUGGGGAAGGUCAGGUUAGUACCUCCUGCAGCCCGGGGCUAGCUACAGCAGCCCAGGGACUGCUCUAAUGUACGCCUGGUUGUAACAAGGGCUAGCUGGCAGCACAGACUAGCCAGAGGGCUCAGCCUUGUGGGCAAGCCCCCUCCUGUCUACCCUGGGGUGCGUGCUGCCCAGGGACCUCCCUGAGCUGGAGGGAGCCCCGGCUUGGGUUGCUAGCUGCUUUCCAGCCCCUUUGUGCACAGGCCCUGCCUCAGGGCCGACCUCUCCAGCGUGUGUAUGAUUCCGGGCGGGGGUUGAAUGCCCACAAGCCUCAGGGCCAUGCCUCUCAUGAAGUCACAAGGCCACCAAAGGAGGGGCCCAGCCCUGGCACAUGCUGGGCAAGGCCUCAGGGUGGUCACUUGGGGCCCUGGGGCUGCCCUGCACCACAGGCAGGAUCAAUAAAUCUCCAUGGAGCUCA